AUGGCAGAUGGCUACACUACAGUCGGAAAGAUGUGGCACCCAUCGCUGUACAUUGGCUCCAUCAUUGACAAGCACGAUGAUCGCGUAGCCAUACUCCCCCCGAGGAUAAAGGAGUCCAUGCCCUCUCCUGAACCCAAGCCGGGGGAGGCUGGCUGGCUCUAUCGGGUCCUGGAGCCUUACUACUCUCGGGAAUGCGUGGACAACGUCAUGGCCGCCAUGCUCGAGGGUCAGAUCUCCUCUGGCGCCUCGUGGCCACGGAAGCUGGCGGCGGAGGUCUGCAGCCUCUACCAGGUGCCUGUGGCGCUCCCCACCUCCUCCGGAGCCUCGGCGCUGCAUGUGGCGUUGCUGGCCUGCAACCUGGGCCCACAUGACCACGUGCUGGUGCCCACCCUCACGAUGGUUGCCGUCGCCAACAUGGUGAAGAUGGUGGGCGCCAAGCCCGUCUACUGUGACUGCGCCGAGGGCUCCGUGAAUCCGGGCGUUGCCGAGCUGAAACAGAAGGCGACGCCAAGGACGAAAGCGGUCAUCGUGUGUCACACUUACGGUAUUGCUUGCCGCGACAUCGCCGCCAUCAGCGAGCUUUGCAAAGAGAAGGGAUGGUGGUUGGUGGAGGACAUUUGCGAAGCCAUGGGCACCAAAGCAGACACCGGAGAAUUGGUGGGGACCUUCGGCGACUUUGCGGUGACAUCGCUGUACGCCAACAAGCCCAUCACAGCCGGAGAUGGCGGCUGGGUGCAUGCAAAAGAUCAGAAGCAUCAUGACCGCCUCAAGUCGCUCAUCAAUCACGGCUUUGAUCCGGCGUAUCACUUUCUCCACUUUGAGACUGCCCCCAAUGCCAAGAUGAAUGGCCUGGGCGCAGCCUUUGUUUGCUCUCAGGUGAAGAUGCUUCCCAGACUGAUGCAGCAUAGAGGGCAGGUGGCGAACUGGUAUCGAGAAGGAUUGGCUGGAAUUACCGAGCUGCGCUGCAUCGAGCAGAGGCAGAUAGAUGCUCCGUGGGUCUUUGGCGUGGAGACGAAAGACCGUCAAACUCGAGACAAGCUGCGGGAUCAUUUGGCGGCGAAGGGCAUCGAGACAAGGAACUACUUUUAUCCACUUCAUUUGGAGCCGGUCAACUUUUAUGGUGAUGACGUGGGUGUAUACGAUGUUGUUCUACCACGUGCUGAAAGCCUGGCUCAGGUUGGCUUCUACCUGCCAACUCACUCCUUCUUGGAACAGGGUGACGUGCAGUACAUCUGUUCGAUCCUGCGCUCGUUCUACCAAGCCGACUCGGCCGUGAGCGCGCCGCGGAAACAUGGCUGGGUGGAUGCGGAGAGAUCCAAGCUCCUGACACCAAGCUAG